ACGUGACAGCUGUGUGUUAGAUUGCUGCUAGGUAAAAUUGAAUUAUCAGACACGAGAUAGUAUUAAAGGCUAAAUAUCAACUUUAAGAAAGAAAGGAAAUAUCAUCAAUCGUAAAUUUAAUAUUGAAAUACUAUCCUCGAAAUUAUUUAACCGUGAUGGCUGAAUCUGCUAUUUCUCAAAACUGUAGUUUUUGUCAGCUACUUUUGCAAGAAUAUAACACUGUACAAUCUUUUAGCACGUGUUCUCAUGUAUUUUGCUCGGAUUGUGUGCUACAAAUAAUGGCUUCUCCUAAAGAAAACAUUACAUGCCCCAUUUGCCUUUCCGAAAGCCAUCUAAAUCAAACACAUGAAAAUGAAUCAGCAAAGAAACAUUUACGUGAAGCAGUGAAAGAUUGUCCAAAGGCCCAAAGAAUUCAAAAUGCAAUUAAAGUAUUAACUGAUUGUAAAAUGACAACAGUUAAAAACGUCGAAAGUCAUUUUGAAAAGUUAACCCUCCGUUUACAAGAGGAAAAGCAGACUAUUUUAGAUUCAUUGGAGAAUACUCAGUCUAAUUAUUCAAAUUAUUUGAUUCAACUCUCUCAAACCAAAGGACAAAAUAGUGUAGAUUUAUCAAAAGAACUAAGAAGAAUACUGAACAAGGAGACGCUGAAUAGCAUGUUCUAUUACAGAGAAGGUUGUGUUGAAGAUAUUUCAAAUGCAAAAAUUAUCGGUGAAGUAUCAGUACCUGAUGAAUUAUUUGAAAAAUCUCCACCUGCCCUAAACGAUAUUUCAUCUUUCAUUGUUAAAAACACAACCACAAUACCAGAGUGUACUUGGUUCUUCGUUAAUGAAGACGGAAUUUACACAGUAGAAACAAUAAAAAAUUUAUUCUCCAGUAAAACCUAUAAGGUAAAUUAUCUGAGUUUUAAAACGUCAAAAACUGAAACACUCUAUCAAACAAAGAACGAACUUGGGAUAUUGUUUGCAAUAAAUGGGGAAGUAUUCGUUCAUAACGUAAAAAAUAGUUGCAUACAUUUAGGUUUAAAUUCGGGAGACGUUAUUGAGCAAAAGAUUAGUACAUUUUCGGCGAGAAUGAGUUCUACUAAAGCUAUAUUAAUAACCUGUUUGUCACUUGAUAAACAAACUGUUUGGCUAUACAAAGGAAAAAAGUUGCUGGAUAUAUUUCAUCUAAAGGAACGAAUAGAAAGUGUUUUCCCCACGUCGAAAGGAGAUAUUCUUAUUGUUAAGCAAAGAAGAAAAACUGUCUUCUGGUUGUUUAAAACGACUGAAUCAGUAAUAGCUAUUAUUAAUAGGUCAACGAAGGAGAUAACAAAUGAAUUUACUACAGUUCAGCAGAAAUUAUUUAUUCAGCCAACGAUAGAUGGAGGCGUCCUAGUACUGGGUAUUAAUGAAUUGAAAGUUUAUUCUCUUGAUUCGAAGUUAAGGGUUAUGUCAACGUUUUUGUUAAGUUCUGAGCCCUCGUUUUUAUGUGUUCCAACGCACAGUCAACUAAAAGAACUUUAUAUUGGUAAAAUCUCUAGAGGUGGGGGAAUGGUUCAAAAGUAUUCUCCCCUCUCAUUAAGUUAA